CAACAUUUAAAAGACGUUGCAAGAAAUGGCGUCUUUUCAAACUAGCUGAAAACUAUUUCGCGCUAAAAGUAUUCAUUUAAAGUAAUUGUUAUGUGAAUUUUAGGGCUAUAUAAUAUUUUAAAAUGGACACAAAUAAAUUAAUAAAAAAUGUAAACAAUCUGAGGGACUAUAUUUCAGUGACUGAAAAUGCUAACAGUCUUAAAAACAGUAAAAUUCAAUUCAACAUGUCGACCAUACUAGCGUUAAAGAAAAUUCGUUCUUUCGAAAUUGAAUAUUUUAAUAAACACGAUGAAAAUGGUUUUGCGAUAGUACUGUUUCAAAUGAUGAUUAAUUUGCAACCAUCGAAGACUUGGGGAGUUCUGGGUAAGGAAUUGGUAAAUCUUCUGCAGUACUGGUUGGAUGCCGUGCGGAAGCACUUGAUAAGUCACAAUUCGCAUUGGUGGACGUUUUUGAAAGUUCUCCUUAAAUUGUUGAAGGAUAUCAGAGUAAAAGACCCCUCAUUACCAAAUUGCCUAGUGGAAAACACAGCAGAGUGUCUCUUAGAUCUGUCCACAAACAGUCGACCUGAUGCAUUCCAGAAAUUAGAAAUAUUGCACUGCCUGAACAUUAUAUGUGCUGAAUCUAGUCGAGAAAUAAGAUUUGCCUUACGAAACAAGUUUGGGAAUUAUUUCAUAAAGUUAGCAAGUUACAUGUCGUCUUGUGGCUACCUCCCAUGUCAGUUUGUUACCUUGGAGACGUUACUCCGGUGGCUGGUCCCUCGUAACCAACCAGAGCUGAGGGCUACCUCGGCCGCGUACUGGUUCCCUGAGGGCAUGUACUCCAGGCAGGCGGUUGAUAUAUUCCUUGAAAGGCCCUGGAUGAAUUUCUUUCAGGAUGCCAGAGAUUUUCUGAAUGCACACAACAGUACCAACGAUUUAAUAGUCUCAGUUAUAUGCCAAAGGUUUUGUAUAGGCGAAAUAAUGCUCAUAUCUGGCACGGAGAAGCAGCAGUCCUGGUUGGAUAUCAACAGCACCGGUCGCUGUCUCUCGGUUCUGCUAGACCCUCAGCUGCUGGGCAGGUUCGGCCCGAUCGACCACAAGUCCUGCGAGACUGUUCUCAUCACUAAUGAUGCAGCGCAGACGGUUGUCCUUAAGAGGGAUUCAUCGAAGCCAACGAUUUCUAUACAAAUGCUAUCCCCACCCCAAGUGCACCCUUCCAUGAUCAGCGUUGGGACCAGCGCCCCCACGCACGUGGAGCUCGCGGUCAGCGCCCGGACUGACACGAGGAAGCUGGACCACGCGCUCAGGAGUGUACUGGCUGAUAAAUAUCAGCUACUGUUGGACUUGGAGCAUGAUCCACAUCCGUCACCACAAAGCUCUGUACAGAACUCUAAGAAAAUGGGUUCUAGUUCGGAAGGCGACACAAGAUUUUCUCAUCCAGCUGAAGUAAGACGUAAAAAACGUUCAGGUUAUGUCGUGAGAUCAAACAAACCGCAUUCGUGGAAGUCACCAUCGACAGCUUCCACCAGUUCAUUGGCACAGCUACACGACAAGCUAGCCGCGUUGCCUCUGUACAAAUACGACAGAGAUCCGGUAAGCGUCUGCGCUCACCCCGAACUGUCCAUAGUGACAGAGGUCAGCGAGACUGACGAUAGACAAAGUCUAAACACGGCAAGCACAUUGAAAUUUAAACCUUACGGAGUUUGCACUAGAGAUAAUAAUAAUUUUGAUGGGAUUCGCAAAUCUCAGAGCGACGGUGAACUAAAGACCAGGUCCAAGGAUAGGAGGCUUUCUCCGGCCAUUCACGAAGGACACUCGACCAGCUGCCUCCUUGUAGCCACAGUAGGCUCAGCCGAUGAUUCAGUAAUAAACGAUACUAUAGAACGUUUAUCGAAAUCAAAGGAUUUCAAUGCAGAUAAAAUUGUUGAUUUGCUAGUCAAAGAAGCGUUGCAUUCAAACGAAAUUGAUUCAGUUAACGACAGCGGUAUUAAUACGGAUGAUAAAAGAAAUGCAGACGCUAACCAAGAAAGUAGUGAUGCUAUAGAUAAUACGCCAUUUGCUGAUGCAGUCCGAGAAUAUCAGAAAAUUAAUGUAAAUAAGAAGAAAGGUCGUGUGGUCAUCAGUAAGUCAUCUACGACAGACGAAUCUAAUACUGACGCUAUAAGCGAAACUAACUUCGUGAAUAGCAGAAGAAGGACUACAAAACCUACUGAAGAACAUUCUAGAGUAGAUGAAGUUAAAACUUUUGACGUUGAAGAAGUCGAAGAGUUUUUUAAUCAGCACUUCGCUCAGAACGCAGCCGGUGAUGUCAUGAUAAGUCCCACUUUGGCCAAGAAGAUUAACGAAUCUAGUUCAGACUCUAAUGAUAGCUUCGAAAAUUACAUUGUAAUGAAUGAAAUCAAUGAUAAUGAUAACCUCAAUAUUAAUGAUAAUGAUGUUAUUGAAUGUCUAAAUAGCAUGGUGGAUAAAGUGUGCAGUGAUUUCGACAAAUGUACCGAAUAUCUAACUCAAUCCCAGAUGAUGCUUAGAUUCAGUGAUAAAGGUAAUGAUUCUCAACAACAUAAGGAUAAAGAUGGAAAAGAUAAAACAAGUAAGAAAGCAUCAAAGAAAGGUAUUAAGUUGAAAUAUAAAAUCAACACUAAAACAGAGAAGAAAGUUAGACAAAAGAAUGCUAGUAAAAAAACAACGUCGACAAUCGAAGAUGCCGUAGAAGAUAUUGAUGAAUUGAAAGAUAAAAGUAAUUUAUUAAAUAAUGAAAAAUCGAAAGAUUUCGAUCGAUUUCCGAAAAUCAUCUCUAGAGCUGAUUUUGAUUUGAAUGACGCACAGAAAGAUAAUCUCAGUAAUGAUAAUCAUAUAAGUCCUAUACCAAAUGAGGAAGCGAAACGUAACAGCACACCGCUACAACGUAGAAAACGUAAAUUAUAUUCGCCGAAAGAUGAAACGGUCGAACGAGUUCGAACUCCAGCCAUUUUAUCGGACACCGAGGAGGAUGUGACUUUAUCUGAAUUAAAAAAUACAAAAAAACGCCCUCCGAAAUACACGGCUACCAGCUACAAAGAUAUAGAAAAGGAACGCAAAAAACAAAUUCGGAAACCACGAAACAGAAGAUCUAAAUGUACAGUAGAAACGCCUUCGCCGCGUACUUUGAAAUUGAGUAGAAUGUUUGAUAAACUCAAGGAGACCGUCGAAAGUAAUGAGAGAAUUCAAUUGGCUGAUAGGACUUCGAAAAGGAUUGAGGUUUACAAUUUCACGAGUGACAGCGAUGAUGAUUUCGUUAUGAAUAAACGGACGAUUUCAAAACGCAAUAGCGCGACAACUGUUGGCAGUGUAGAAUCUGCGACCACAGUGAGGGGCAAGCGUCCCAAGAAACGAAUAAAUUACAACGAAAAUAAGAUAGGCACGGGUAAAAGAGAACCUAAACCGAAAAACGUUAAACCGAAUAAACAAUCCAACAAACCCACAAGAAUGCCUCUUGAUCGGGAUUUGAUUGACGAAAGAAUGAGAGAGGCAGCACCAGAAGAGUUGAACACGUCACUCGUAAUUGAACAGCCACAAAAGGAAUAUUCUGUGCCGGAGCUAGUUUUAAAAGAACCUCCGAAGAUUGAAGCCAUCGACGAGGGUAACGCGAAAAAUGAAAUUUCCAAAAAGAGAAGUAAAAAAAAAGAUUUAUCAUCGAAAACGAAAUUGGCGACCGGCAAACUUAAUACUUUAGAAGUUUUAUCGGUCGGCAACAGAACGGAGAGUCCGUUACCGAAUUUGGUCGUUGAAUCAGUUCCGCUAAAAGAUGAAGGUAAUGACUCGGUGUCCGCUAAAAUGCUGUUGAAAUUUAAAAGGAUUCACGAAGGACAAGAAUCACGGGCGAACGAUACCACAACAACUUUGAAUAUGCUUUCGGAUCUCGAGAAAAAUAACACACGCGAAACGCACGAAAACGUUAUAGACUUUGAAAACAAUUUGGCGCAUAUCAAUGAGUAUUUCUCUGGCGAGACUGACAGUGAUAGAAGCGACAUAUCACGGAAACAUGGUCAUCUUGACCAAGAGAAACUGUGUACUGCAGUUGUGGAGGAUGACAAUGAUAUUGGCAUGGACAUAUCGAUAGCGACCGAUGGGAUAACUGGUCACGGCGAUGAAGAUGAGGCCCCGCCUUCAGACAAGACACAUCUGCAAACGCGCUGCUUAGAAAUUGAAGACCUAGACAAAACGCUCAAAGAAUAUUUCGAACAGCUCGACAAGAAAAUAAAUGAUAUUGAUGAUAACUCAGAUAAUGGAAACGUAAUAAAUAAAUCAGAAAUAAAAAAUCCAAUAGUUCGAAUGACGCGCUUGUCCAGUGAAGAUAUCAGUAAGGUUUCGCGCAAAAGCAUCGAAAGCACAUGUUUGAGUUCAAAAGAAAAAUCGCCCGUAGUGUCCAUAUGUAGGAUUCCUUCAUUGGAAAUCAAUAAGUGGUUGCCAUCGCAAUCUUCCAAAAGUAAACAAAAUUAUUUAAAUGAUUUUACUAAACAGAAAUCGUUUAAAGAAACCAAAUUGUAUACUAAUGAUGAACAAAGCAAAGAUUUGUGUAAGUCUUUGUAUGACGCGCACAAAUGGUUUCCGUCUCGGCGUGAAUCGAGCACGGAAAACUCUGAAAAGACCGAACCGAAUCAAAAUAAGGUCUUUAUUAGAGAAUUGCGGUUAAGAUCUCGUGAAAUAUCUGUCGUAAGUUCCACGGACGAAAGGAAAAGAAAAAAGACUAAUCGAGCUACUGAUAAGGAUCUAAAAGAACACACGAAUGACGCUAGACCCGAUGAUGUUUCUGAAGUAACAAAUGCGAGGAGAUCAAUGAUUUCGCCAAUCAAAUUGGGUGAUUUUAAGUCAGACGCGAACCAGAGAGAUAGAUCUCAAGUCGAUGAUUGCGUUAAAAGAAUUAAAGAUAUUUUUUCUCAAGGGAAGAUAGUUAAGUCAAAAUUACGAGCGCUUAAUACUGUUUCUAAAGAUGAUUUAGCGCCAGAUGAGUCCGUUUCUGAUGGUAGAGCCUUAUCGGAUUGUCGUAAACGGAAAUAUGAGGAGAAUGAAAACGAAGUGAAAAGAUUAAGAUUAGACACAGUGUAUGUGGAGAGCUCGCCGAGCCGGUCCAGCGUCAAUGAAUGGUUUAGAAGAAACGAGAUUAGCAGUAGGGAAGAGACUGUAAAUCUAUCAGUGCUGGACACUGUUCAGAACGUUCUAGAAAAACUGGAUACCACACUUGUGGACGCAAACAACAAUACGAGCAGGAAGUUAGUAAAUUUGUUCGUUGAGGCCCAGAAAGAAUUGAGCAAGCAGAAAGAAGAACGACGCAAGAUGUACAAAGAGACAGCUUCCGAUAUACUGAACGCAGUGGUCAGAUUAGUUGAUGAUAAGUUCGCCGAUUUGGACAGACGGUCACAGGAAAUGGAAACAAACUUCAUGGAGCGACUAAAGAAGCAAGCGUCUGAAGUUAUUGUAAAUGAUUGCAAACAGAAACGGGCGAUGGUACAAUUGCUGAAGGAAGACUUUAGUUCUGUGGUCGACCAUUUGAACAGAAACAAAAUUUAGUAUUUUUUAUUACUAUCCCCUAAAUAUUUUAUGUGGGUUUUAUUUCCUUUGCAUUAAGAUGAAAAACUUAAUAAUAAUUCUUUGUUAUGAUGUAUUAUAUUGUUUUGGGAUAGACGAGCGAUAAAGUAUAGAUUAUUUUAUUUUUUUAAGUUCACUAUGCAUUAUGGUCGUUUAAUGCAAUGGUCGGCCAUAGUCAAGAUAGCAGCCGGAUUGCACAUUGUGCGUAAUUGUUGGACCAUCUCCUAAUGAUUUCAUUACAGGUUAAAUUACUGUAGCGCCAUAAUUUAACAAUAUGCUUCCAGGCUAAAGGUGUUAAAAUUAAAACAACCAAGAAAUAACUAGUUUUCUAAAACCUACAUUUAUUUCAUGCAGAUGUAUUGUUGAUAUUUAUUAAUACUCAAAAUUUAAUUAAAAAUGUAUUUUUUUAAUAUAAGUGAAAUAGUUUACUUUAAGUAAAUAAUUUUAUAAAUGUUGAAAUGUUUGAAGUUUAUUAUUUGUUGAUUUAUUGAUAAUCAAAUAAUUUGAUUAUUUUUUUUGCAGUUAUGAUACCGAAUAAACUUGUAUUGUUUUAAAGUAAAAUAUUUUGUGUUGUAAGCAUUAUUAGGAACACAGAGUUCGCCAACAUCUCUUAUUAACCAUUGUAUACGUAAAGCUGACAACACAAAAGCGAAUUUAUUUGAACAUGAUGUAAAAUAAUAUUAAUUUUCAAAUUAAAAACACAUUUCGUUUU